UGUGUUUGUCUGUGUGUAUAAUGUUUGUGAGGUAUUUUGAUUUUUUGUGUUGUGUAGCUUGUGGUUUGUAUCUCUGUGCUGAAUGCAAUCUCGAGGCUGUGGAAUCAUCACAGGACUACAUGUGUGGAGAGUGUGCUCCCGGCUCUGUUCCUGAUCCACAAGUAGAAGGAAGAUGUCAGAGAGUGGAAAACAUCGAUACACAAGAUGAUUUGAGUAAUGGUGAUGACAAUACAGGUCUUAUCAUUGGACUUGUAGUUGGUGGAAUUGUUCUACUUACCAUCGUUGUCCUAUUUGUUCUCUACAUACUCCACCGCCGCAAAACGCAAAAGCGAUCCAAAUACUCCGUCAGCUUUCAAGCUCACAAGGAAGCUCCCAAAAGGCCAACAUCAACUGUUAGUGCAUUUGAUUAUAAUAAUCCUUUGUACAAAGCACCAGAACAAGUAACUGAGGAUUGUGAAAGUGAAAAUGAAGAAGUUCAAGUGAUGGCUGCAAGCUCAACAGAGCAGAAGGUGGUCUAUGAUCCUGACGAGGGCACAACGAGCGUAGUUCAAGAACAACACACAGCAGUAGCUGCUUUCAAGUUUACAUCAGACGAUUCAUAACAUCAAACAAAAUGAUUUCCUAACUUCGCUCAUGCAUCAGAGACUCUAAUGCAUGGCUUGACUCUAUGGUAUAUGGAGACCUUGUUGGUUUUAGCAAAAAUUACACAUACAAUUGAACAAUAAAAGCAUAUUAUACCUUUGUGGUGAUGUAGCUUCCUAGCUCUAGUGGAGACAUACUUCACUAUGACAGUCCUUUUGUUUUGGAAAAUAUUGCAAGAAAUUUGAGUGGCUAGAUUAUGGUAUAACUAGCUCACCAUC